AUGGAGAGUGGUGGACAAAAUGCACACGAGAACUCACCCCUGGUGGGACCUCGAGCAUCUGAUGACGUUGAAGACCCCGUAAUUGUUGUUCGUGAUUCCCCGGGGUUUGGCAGGAGCAAGAAUUCUCAAGAAAGCUCUGAAACAAAGAGCAGCUGGUAUCUGUUCUUGCUAACCUUGAGCAUUGGUGGACUUCAAGUCGUAUGGUCAGUCGAGCUAGGCAGCGGGUCGCCCUACCUUCUAUCGCUGGGAAUGAGCAAGGCCCUUCUUGCCUGUGUUUGGAUUGCAGGUCCGAUAACGGGAGCGCUGGUGCAGCCAUAUGUCGGAAUUCGCAGUGACAACUGCCGGAUAUCAUGGGGCAAAAGGAAGCCGUUUAUGGUUGUCGGAGGUUCGGUGACAAUCGUGACUCUUCUUGCCCUUGCCUGGGUUAGGGAGGGUGUAGAGGGAGUGAUCGGCAUAUUUGGGGGCGACCAGAAGUCGGAGGGAGCCAAAAUCACUUCUAUUAUUGUGGCGACAAUAAUGAUGUGGUGUCUGGAUUUCGCUAUAAAUACUGUACAGGCUGGUAUUCGGUGCUUCAUUGUUGACAAUGCGCCGGCGCAUCAACAGGACUCGGCCAAUGCCUGGGCCAGUCGAUUAACUGGCGUGGGUAAUAUCGUUGGGUACAUUUUCGGAUAUAUCGACCUACCCAAAAUCUUUCCUUUUCUCGGACACACGCGGUUCCAGAUCUUAUGUGCACUAGCUUCGACCGCGCUUGCGGUGACCCUCGUGAUUAGCUGCCUCUACGUCAAGGAACGCGACCCACGGCUUGAUGGGCCACCAUCCUCCGAGAGCCUAGGUGUCGGUGCAUUUUUCGAACAGGUUUUCGAGUCAAUCAAAAACCUUCCACCCCAAGCUACCAAGGUUUGCGAGGUUCAGCUUGCGGCAUGGGUUGCCUGGUUCCCUUUCUUAUACUACGCAACCACCUACAUUGGGCAGAUCUACGUGAACCCCAUCUUCGAAAAUGGGAACCUUUCAGAGCCAGAUAUCGAUAAAGCAUGGGACGACGCUACGAGAAUAGGGACUUUUGCGCUGCUCAUAUACGCGACAGUCUCGUUCGUAGCCAACAUAACCCUUCCAAUCUUUGUCGUCCCAACAUACAAAGCAGCUGUCUCUGACGACCCUGACAACUAUCCUGAAACGGAACCCUGUCUGACUCUCGAGAGACAGUCGACUUCAGAUAUCCAGGUAGGGCUGGUCUCUGAACUACAUCCACACAUGUCGAAAGACAAGCCAGGCGGGUCGAAAAGCUGGAACUUGAUGUCGAAACUGCAAAUACCCGGUUUUACAUUACGACGAGCCUGGCUCUUGUCGCAUCUACUCUUUGCUCUAUGUAUGUUCAGCACUUUUGUGAUAUCCUCUAUCCAAGCGGCAACGGCUGUAGUGGGUCUUGUGGGAAUCCCAUGGGCUCUUACACUAUGGGCACCUUUUGCAUUUAUCUCAACAGAGAUAGCAACCAUCAACGAAGAGCACCGAGUACGGCGUCGUCAGUCGGAGAUGGCGCCUUACGAUGAAAACACACCCUCAAGGUCUACCCAGCCUGAUCUCGCUGAAAACGGUGACGAUCUUGAGCAGGGUUCCUUCUCAAGCUCUUUCAAAGGCAGAGACGAGGAAAAUACGGCGCAGGCCGGUAUCGUUCUUGGGCUUCACAAUGUGGCCAUCUCAGCACCGCAGGUCGUUUCGAGCUUGAUAUGCAGUGCCAUAUUCAAAGCCUUCCAGAAGCCUCGAGGAGAACCUUGGGACGACAGUGUUGGAUGGGUCUUGCGGUUUGGAGGAUGUGCUGCUCUGGUUGCAGCCUGGUUGACAAGCCGACUGGCCGAGGGCACUGCAGGGAGAGCAGCAAGGCACUCGUAA